AUGGACGAACUGAGGCCUCGGAAGGAUAAAGCUCCCGACGAGGGAGACCGCGACGUGUCCUGCAUUAAGACGCGGCCACAGGACACGACGCCUGAUUAUACCUCAGGUUCGCCUCUGCCAGGGCCAUCACUAGGGGAUGUUCAGACCAUUGAUCAGGCAUCUGUCACACCAGAUGUAUCAGGCCAGGAAAGAGCAGGUGAUAAUCCACGUAAGCGAUCGGUCAAAGAGGAUGUCAUGUUCGUAUUGAACAAGCGACAGAAAGGUUCUCACAACGUACGAGAAGCUGCUAUCGCCAACCUCCGUCAAGGAUGUCGGAAACCAGCAGGUAAUCACCCGGCUGGCAUGCCGGACACCGAGUCCCCUAAGGAAUGUCGAUAUCUUUCUAAGAAUUCGACAAUCUCCGGACCACAGGAGAAAGCAGCCUCAGAACGAAUUUUCACUGUUGAAGCUACCACGCCAUCACCUGUGCAGCAGGAUGGCCUCACAGAGGCAGAACGUGACCUGUUCCCGAGGAAUGCCGCGACGUCUAAGACGGAGACAGCUGGCAAGGCAAAAUUCUCUGAGCGCGUUGACGGGAAACAUGGGCUUGCUCCCGGCACUGAAUUGCGUACCAGGUCGCCGACUGGAGGCAUGUGGCAAUCUGGCUCCGUGGUCAGCAAUCAGAUCGAUGAAGAGGACGAUUCUACGGAUUCGAUGGAGUGCGAGUCGUUCGCCCAUGACUCUGUGUCACAAGCGCCCGAUUUGAUUACGCCCAAUGAGCAGAGAGCGACCUCAGAGGCUACAGACGAGAUCAUUGGGGAGAAACAUGCCAUUGAAGGUGCUGAUCACGUGUCGGUGAUGCGGCUUCACGACAUCGAAAAUACAGCUAGCGAAUCGCCCGACAGUGAGGAUGAAUUCAUACCGGCGGACUCUUCCUACAAUAAGCACGAAGAAGACGACGAGCAGCCAGACCAAACGACGCACCAUCGGCCUCCAAACUCGGGUCGUGGCUCGAGGAAUUCACGAUCGGCUGAAUCCACGACCGCUGCGGCAAGUAAUACGAGCGCCUCAGACGCGCAGUCGCCCUCGACGUUUGAUACAAGAGGACGGCUUAGCCCAAGCGCUUCCCCACUCACGACGCCCCCUGAUUCGCGGAGCGUUUCUCGCCCAAGAAUCGAGGGCAGGAAAACGGCCGAUCUCAAAGAAGAUGAGGCGGGAGCAAUUGAAAAAUUGAAAGCCAUGGGCGUCAUGUUCGAGUCUGAUUCUGAGGACGAGGAUCAAGAAAUGGAAGGCGACGAUUUCCAACCACUUCCUCCAUCACGUGUCGACCCACUGUGGCAACGACCCGACAGAUCUCGCAACUUAUUCGAAAUUGACCCCUCCCUCGACAUGACAGACCCGGCUAACCGCUUAACAGCGGUCGGGAUCUUACCCUCCAGUACGAGACCGUCGAAAAAGAAAUUGAUGGGUAACCUCCUUGUGUAUCAGUGCGCCGAACACAAAAAGAGAUUUGGCAAUCCUCAUCAAGAAGUGCGCCGCUACCCGGAAGAAGCACCAGUCACUACGGUCGUACAGCUGGGCAUCGAUUUCGACACACCAGGAGAUCCGCAGGUCAAGAUGGAGAAGGCUACCAUGACGUUUCGAGAGUUUCUAGGUGCGCCGACGUAUCCAGUCAUCGAGGCGAGGAAGGACCAACUUGUAUUCCGUGAGAAGGAGCCGGUGCAGCAGCUUGCCGGGAGGAAUGGAAGGACGAGACGGAAGAUGGAGAUGGAUAUCUUUCCUUUUGUGGACGGCGGCACCCAAGUCAAUCAAUUGAAUGGCGUGCGGCUUUUGGGAGCGCGGCGGCGUCAUCGGACGGCGGGCCACCAAGAUUGA